AAGCUCCGCGCGCGCUGUGGGGGCCAGAAAAGCCCUCGAGCUCGGACCAUCGACUCGCUUUCACAGCCACCUUCACCUCCUCGGCAUUCUGGAACCAUGCUCGCGCUCGCGCUCGCGCUCUCGUGCCUCCUCGUGCCCGUGCGCCCUUCUCCGGUCGCGCCUCCUCCUCCGCCUCUGCCGAUCCGCUGCGCCCCGUGCACGGCGCAGCAGCUGAGCGCGUGCCCGCCCGUGCCUGCGCGCUGCCCAGAGGUGCUGCGCGAGCCCGGCUGCGGCUGCUGUCUGGCGUGCGCGCUCUCGCGGGGGGACGCGUGCGGCGUGCACACUGCGCCCUGCGGCUCGGGCCUGCGCUGCGUCCCGCGCGCCGGAGACCCACAGCCUCUGCACUCGCUCACGCGCGGCCAGGGCGUGUGCGCGGAGCAGGAUCAGCAGCGCGGCGCGCGGCAGGGCGCGGACACGCUGAUGCUGAAACACAACACCGUCCCCACGGAGGAGUCCGACCAGGACUCCCUGCACGCGCUCCUGGGCCUGAGCAGCGCGCUGGACCCCGAGACGCAGGACGCCAUCCGGGCCAAGGCCAACGCCAUCCUCAAGAAGCUCGUGCAGCUGGGUCCCUGUCACACUCAGCUGCACGCCGCUUUGGACACCAUCGCCGCCUCCCAGCAGGCCUUAGGAGAGAAGUUCACGUCGUUCUACCUCCCGAACUGUGACCAGCACGGCUUCUACAAGGCCAAGCAGUGUGAGACCUCUCUGGUAGGCCAGCCUCCACGCUGUUGGUGUGUGUCGUCCUGGAACGGAAAGAGAAUUGUAGGGUCCAGUGAUGUGACGGUAGAUGACCUCUGCCAUCAGGAGGUCACUCACUGAAGACCUUCAUCACACACACUUAAGCCUUUUCCUGAGAGAAAUGGAGUUUAUCCUUAAUUUAUUUCUUUGUUUUAUGACUUACUAGUCCUUAUUUAUUUAAUAUAUAUAUAUAUAUAUAUGUUUAUAUGCUCAGAUAGUAGUAAUUUAGAAUAUUUAUGCAGAAUAUUUUGAUGGAAAAUAGAAAAGGUGAAUUAUCACUGUUGUUAUUAUUGGUUUAUUGGUUGUUUUGUUUUGUUUGGUCUCAGUAACUCCAGUGCUGAAGAACCGCACAGCGGCCCUUCAGCCAGACACGUUAUGUUUUGGAAGUGUAAUAUUGUAAAAAUGCAUUUGCGGUAUAUUGAAUUCAUUCAUGUACAAUAACACUGUGCAAAAGUCCACCAGUCAUUUAUUUCAUUUUCAGUCAAAUUGGCCAUUAAAUACAAGUUUAUUUUUCAGGAAACGAGAUGACGGCCUCAACAACUGAGUAUAAUACCAAGCUUUUCAGUUUUUAUUGGGCUUCCUUCUUUUCAGGGGCCCCAAAAUUCAGUUUUUCAUAGAAAUCUGCAGGAAUAUUUUUACACCUCUGAAGUUCAGUCUUAGAAGUUGGUUGCACUUUUUCCUGUCAUGGCUUCUUGACAGCUACACAUCCUUUCAGACCCACAUGGCUGAGUCGUCUUCUCACAGUGGAAGGAUGGACAGAAACACCUCUGGGUGAUUUUUAGAUGUGAAGCCGCUUGGUUUUCUCCUCCCUCUCAAAGAUGAAAUCUUUAAGUGCUGUUUGAGGACAGUCUUGGGGCCAAUCCCGUUUCUUAUUUUUACCCCUACCCCUUGUUUUUGAGUGUCACCCUAACCCCUUGGUUAGGAGUUACAAGGGGUAGUGGUUAAAAUCUUGCCCUAUGAAGUGGGACCCUCAAAUUAAAAAAGAACAUG